GUCGGCGUUCGCAGACUGCAUGGUCGGGUGGUAAGACCAAAGCAACCGAACGGCGCAGGAAUAGUCGUCGUGCACACGGCCGUUGGACCACGGGAUCUGUAUUUGCAUUGGCGGGCAGAAGUGUUGGCUGCUGGUGGUUACACGGUUCUUGUGGCAGACAUGCUUGGCGAUGAGCAUGGACAUGGUUGGGAGCCAGAAUGGGGUGCAGCUGCACGUCAACCGUUGGCAGACGACCGCAGCCUCAGUCGGAAAAGGAUGCGGGCUUCUGUCCAAGCAAUGUCUGAAGUCGCAGGCAUAGAUCCGCAGCGCAUCGCAGCAAUUGGAUACUGUUUUGGUGGACGCGCCGUUCUCGACUUGGCCCGUUUGGGACCAGCCGCAGGGGUCGCCGCCGUAGUAUCCUUUCAUGGAAUUCUUGAUGAUGGCGCGCUUCCUCCGGAUGACAUGUCUGCGCAAAACGCGCCCCGUGUGCUGGUUUGUCAUGGAGAUGCAGAUCCCUUUGUCAGCGCUGGCGGGCGCGCUUCGUUUGAAGAGCAGAUGCGAGCAGCCAAUGCGCGGUGGGACAUGAUGGUAUUCGGCGGCGUGAAGCACGGCUUCACAAAUCCUGCGCAGGAUCUGAACCCGAAUCCUGCCUUCGGAUAUUCCCACAGAGCCGCCACGCGGUCAUGGAAGGCAAUGGAGGACCUUUUCGCCGAGACCUUGCAGAGCAGGAACUGA